AUGGCUAAAACUGAUAAGAAAUAUACGGCCUUCAUGACCGAAUCGGGCAACUAUUACUACAAUGUAAUGCCUUUCGAACUGAAAAACACCGGCGCGACAUACCAGCGCAUGAUGAACAAAGUCUUUCAAGCAGAGAUAGGCGAUAUGCUUGAAGUAUAUAUGGACGAUAUGAUCGUUAAGUCCCAACGGGAAACCGAUCACGCCGCUCACCUUAAAAAGGUUUUCGAGCAGGCCCAGAAGUGUAAAAUGAGAUUCAAUCCAGAAAAAUGCACAUUCGGCGUCCGCGCAGGAAAAUUCCUUGGCUUUUACCUAACAGAAAGAGGAAUCGAAGCCAACCCGGAUAAAUGCAGGGCCUUCUCAGACUUGCCCACUCCAAAUUCAAAAAAGUCAAUCCAAACCUUGAACGGCAUGCUCACAUCACUAUCCAGAUUCGUGGCCAAAUCUGCGCAGCAUGCCCUGCCACUAUUCAAACUCCUCCACAAAGAGACCACAUUUGAAUGGACGGAGGAGUGCGAGCGCGCCCUCUCCCAUCUCAAGCGGACAUUGUCUAGCCCACCAGUUUUAUGUAGACCAGAAGCUGGAGAAAUCUUAUACAUCUAUCUCACCGUGGCCACAGAGGCCGUUAGCGCGGCCUUGAUACGAGAAACCUCGGAAGGCCAGAAGCCCAUUUACUUCACAAGCAAAGAACUCCAGGGCCCUGAGAUCAGGUAUCAACAGAUCGAAAACGUCGGACUCGCGUUAAUAACCGCAGCUCGAAGACUCAGACACUAUUUCCUAGCACAUACCAUAGUCGUGCGAACCGAGCAACCCGUAAAACAAUUACUCACACGCCCUGACAUGGCCGAGAUAAUGCUCCGAUGUUCGUUGGAACUUGCGGAGUUCGACAUCAAAUACGAGGGAAGAAAAGCCCUUAAAGCACAGGUCUUGGCAGAUUUCGUAGCCGAGAUGGCCUUCCCCGAAACAACAAACAACAACGCCCGAAGGUGGACCUUAUACGUGGACGGUGACUCAAGCUCGACCGGCAGCGGAGCAGGGAUCAUUCUUGAAAAUGGAGAAGGAACCCUCAUAGAGGUAUCCCUUUCGCUAUCAUUCCCAACAUCCAACAACCAAACAGAAUAUGAGGCCCUGCUAGCCGGGUUGCGCCUCGCAAACGACUUAGAAGUCGAAGAUAUUGAGGUGUUCACCGAUUCUCAACUGGUCGCAUCCCACAUCUCGGGCGAAUAUCAAGUUAAAAGCGAAGCCCUCGCCGAAUACCUAGCCCUCGUGAAAGAAAGACUGGCCCGAUUCAGGAGCGCCAAAGUAAAACACAUCCCAAGGGAACACAACGCUCGAGCAGACGUCCUAUCAAAACUAGCGAGCACAAGAAAGAAGGGAGGUAACAAAUCCGUAAUCCAUGAGAUAUUACCAAAACCCAGUAUCGAGACCUCAUAUUCCCUCUCACUCGUAAGCGCAAUUGGGGACGCGUCCUGCUGGAUGACCCCCGUAUACAAUUACUUAACAAGUGACCUCUUGCCCACCGAUCCUAAAGAGGCUUCCACUAUCCGACGACGAGCUAGCUCGUACGUCUUAGUCGAAAAUCGCCUCUACCGACGAGGAUCUUCCAUACCUCUCCUCAAAUGUGUAGACAAGGGCAUAGUCCUCCACAUACUCCGAGAAAUAUACGAAGGAAUCAAUUCCCAACAUCUAGGAGGAAGAUCACUCGCUCGGAAGGCCCUCCGAGCAGGCUACUAUUGGCCAACAAUGCAGGACGACGCCAAAGAGUAUGUUAAGAAAUGCGACAAAUGCCAACGUUUUGGGGACAUCCACAUCGUGCCCCCCAACGAACUCAAAUCAUUAUCAUCUCCCUGGCCAUUCGCGUGGUGGGGGAUGGAUCUCCUCGGUCCGUUCGUGACCGGAAGCAAUCAGAACAAGUAUCUCAUAGUUGCGGUCGACUAUUUUACCAAAUGGAUCGAGGCCGAGCCACUAGCCAAAAUCACAUCCUUAAAUUUAGAAACACAGGUGCGGCAUGGUACGUGCCGAGCACCUAUCAAUAUUACAAUACGACAGAAGCCCGCUCUAUUAAUCGAACAGACUUCUUGUCCUUCGGGGGGCCCGAACACCGAGCAUCCCCGUCGUAAACAAGUACCAUGA